CGCAUGCGCUGCUGCCUUCGCGGAAGCUUCAAGCUUUGAAGAUUCUCCUCUUUAGAACUUGAAUUUUCACGCCGUGCUCGGAUUUUUCACGUCCAAGAAUUCAAAGUCCCACCCGAACCAAAGCACAUUUGCUCGUUUUUGUCCUUAAAAGAGCCACGCAGUUUUCGUAAACCUCUUUAGAAAGUCGCGGCCGCGGCGUCCUCGAACGCAGCAGCCAAUCACGCCGGCCCCUCAGCUGGGUAAACUUUCCUCGUUCUUUUUCAUUCUUUUUCUUUUGAAAGUCGCCUUUAACUGCAAGUAAAACCACUUUUGGGGAAGUUGACGCCAUGGGCAGCGGCCACAGCAAGGAGAAGAAAAGCAAGAAAGACGCCGGACGGCAGGAUGGAGCCAAGCGCACGCGACGAGGCAAGGCCGUGGCGGAGAAGCGUUUGGCGAGCUUGGAAGGGCAGCUGAGGAUCCUGAAGGAAGCGCUCUCGGCCGGCGCCGAGAUGGCCGAGCUCCUCAAGGAGCACGCCGACGAGGAAACGUGCGAGCUGGUGCUCGCCAUCGUCGACAAGGUCAAGACGGAGACGAGCGCCCGCCUCGACUCCGUUCAUCGACAACAACGACAACAAACGGCGCUACGGCACCAGCAACAACUGAAUGAGGUGGAGCAAUCUCACGAGGAGGUCAAAGUUCAGCUGACAGAAUCGUUUCAGAACAGUGAGAACGCAUUGAAGGCGGAGGUGAGCCGCUUAAAAGCAGAGCUGGAGCAUUACGAGCACCUCAAGAGGCGUGUCCAAGAGUCCACCUUCAAGCGCGAUCUCCUCCGCAACAUUCAGGCCCACGGCAGUCCGGGUGCAUUCUGGGAGUCGGAGCAGGAGUCUUUGCUGUUCGUCAUCGAGAUGAAGAGCGAACGCCUCCGAGAGCUGAACGCCGACGUGCGACGGACGGAACAACUGGCGGAGGAGAAGUCGUGCGUGGAGGACCGACUGGUGCAAACCUCGCGGGAGAACGAAGACUUGAAAGUACGGGUGGACAAAAGUCAAAGUGUCCUGCAGCGCGUGUGUGCGGAACGCGACGAUGCGCUCGCGUCCUGCGAGCGUCAGCGUUUGCUGAACGAGGCCUUGACGCGGGAGAAAGAGCAGCUGCUCUUCAAACUCCGCCGCUAUCCAAACCCGGGGGACGCCGAGUCACGUGACCGUGACGUCGUUCCCAUCGUGGGCGUGUCUAAAUGAGUGACAGUGAGUGUACUGACACUGUUAGCGUGUUAGCAUGUAGCUUCAUUUGAAGCUUUGUUUUACAGAGAGAAUUUCCUGUCAAUGUUUAUUUUGCUGUUUAUUUUUUUAUGUAUGAACCAGGUCAUUUGUAUAGAGGUUCAGGUGUGCCAAAAAUGAAAUUAUACUCAUAAAUAUUAAUAAUAAAUCACGGAAUAAAUGACACAAACAUUGAAAUAGAUGAGUAAUGAAUGAAAAAAAUGUGUAUAUAUCAAUGAAAAUUGGUGAAUAAUGUUGAAAUUAAAGCGGCAACAUCCAUAAAAAUUGGAUUAAAUUCUGAAAUAAUAUUUUAUGAUGUAGUUUUUUGAUUUUUGAGACACCUGUACUUGCCUUUUUUUUUUUUUUUUGGACAGUUCUUGUCUUGCACUCGCACUUUUUUUUUUCUCAUGAAUGUCUACUUUUGAUUUGGUUUUGUACAAACUAAACUUUAUUUUUGACUUUG